AACAAGGUUCCUGACGCUGAGGACAAAGUUCCUGACGCUGAGGACAAGGUUACUGACGCUGAGGACAAGGUUAUUGAUGCUGAGGACAAGGUUCCUGACGAUGAGGACAGGGUUCCUGACGCUGACGCUGAGGACAAGGUUCCUGGCGGUGAGGACAAGGUUCCUGGCGUUGAGGAGAAGGUUCCUGGCGGUGAGGAGAAGGUUCCUGGCGAUGACGACAAGGUUCCUGCCGGUGAGAACAAGGUUCCUGGCGGUGAGGACAAGGUUACUGGCGGUGAGGACAAGGUUCCUGGCAGUGAGGAAAAGGUUCCUGACGCUGAGGACAAGGUUACUGACG